AUGGCGAGCGCGCUACCGUCUUUAGCUAUUCCAGGCCAGCGUCUGGGGCCAGUUGCGGCCUAUGCUGCCGGCCCCGGAACGCAUGUCCAUCACUCCCACGUUUAUGCAUCGAUUGCUGGGCCUGUGCUCGUUGAUCCUGCGCAACCCAAGACUCAGACUAAGUCCACAAUCACCGUGUCGAGGACGCCUAGGCCGACAGCGAACCCUCCGACGACUGCUGCACCCAGUUCCAAGCCCAAAUACAACACAUUGCCUGCGGUUGAUGCCGUCGUCCUAGCACGAGUAACUCGCGUGCAAAAGCGACAAGCCACCGUCUCCAUUCUCGUCGUCCUAGAUGAAUCAGCAGCCUCCAAAGCUCUCAACCCAACACAAUCCGCCUCAGACAAUGACAAUAUCGAGUCCAUCCUCUCCUCGGCCGCGAAUCCUGAGAACCACAGCAGCGCCGACGAACUUCGAUUCCAAGCGCUGAUUCGGAAGGAAGACGUUCGGGCCGUCGAGAAGGACCGGGUUGUUAUGGAUGAGAUGUUCCGUGUCGGGGAUAUCGUUCGUGGGACGGUGAUUUCUCUCGGUGAUCAGAGCUUCUAUUAUAUCACAACGGCCAGGAAUGAUCUCGGUGUCGUGAUGGCGCGCAGCGAGGCGGGAAAUAUGAUGUUCCCUGUUAGCUGGAAGGAGAUGCGGGAUCCUGUUACUGGGGUUGCGGAGCAGAGAAAGGUGGCAAGGCCUUUUUGA